GCGUGCGUGCAGCCUCUCGCGGGCGCGCUCCGCUCGGCCGGGCGGGCUGAGGAGACAGGCCGGGCCCCGCCGCCGCCGCCGCCGCCGCCGCCGCCGCUCGGCAUCGCUCGCUGCCCGGCCAUGGCGGAACGCGGAGGGCCGAGUGGGGGUCCCGGAGGCGCGGGGGGCGGCAGCGGCCCGCGGGGCUCGGGGGCCGCCCAGUCCCCGCCGCAGCCGCCGCCGCCGCAGCCGCAGCCGCCGCCGCCCCAGCAGCCGACGCCCCCCAAGGCGGCCCAGGCCACCUCGUCGUCCUCGUCCACCUCGGCGGCGCCGGCCUCGUCCUCGUCCUCGUCCACCUCCACCUCCAUGGCCGUCGCCGUGGCCUCGGGCUCCGCGCCUCCCGGCGGCCCCGGGCCCGGCCGCACCCCCGCGCCCGUGCAGAUGAACCUGUACGCCACCUGGGAGGUGGACCGGAGCUCGUCCAGCUGCGUGCCCAGGCUCUUCAGCUUGACCCUGAAGAAGCUCGUCAUGCUCAAAGAGAUGGACAAGGACCUCAACUCGGUGGUCAUCGCUGUGAAGCUGCAGGGCUCCAAGAGGAUCCUCCGCUCCAACGAGAUCAUCCUGCCGGCCAGCGGGCUGGUGGAGGCCGAGCUCCAGCUCACCUUCUCCCUGCAGUACCCUCAUUUCCUGAAGCGAGAUGCCAACAAGCUGCAGAUCAUGUUGCAGAGGAGAAAGCGCUACAAGAACCGGACCAUCUUGGGCUACAAGACGCUGGCCGUGGGGCUCAUCAACAUGGCAGAGGUGAUGCAGCACCCAAACGAGGGCGCCCUGGUGCUGGGCCUGCACAGCAACGUCAAGGACGUGUCCGUGCCCGUGGCCGAGAUCAAGAUCUACUCCCUGUCCAGCCAGCCCAUCGACCACGAGGGCAUCAAGUCCAAGCUCUCAGACCGCUCUCCCGACAUCGACAAUUACUCCGAAGAGGAGGAGGAGAGCUUCUCCUCGGAGCAGGAGGGCAGUGACGACCCGCUGCACGGGCAGGACCUGUUCUAUGAAGAUGAGGAUCUGCGCAAAGUCAAGAAGACGCGGAGGAAACUCGCCUCCACCUCCGCCAUCACCAGGCAACCCAACAUCAAGCAGAAGUUUGUGGCCCUCCUGAAGCGCUUCAAGGUGUCGGAUGAGGUGGGCUUCGGGCUGGAGCACGUGUCGCGGGAGCAGAUCCGGGAGGUGGAGGAAGACUUGGACGAGCUGUACGACAGCCUGGAGAUGUACAACCCCAGCGACAGCGGCCCCGAGAUGGAGGAGACCGAGAGCAUCCUCAGCACCCCCAAGCCCAAGCUCAAGCCCUUCUUCGAGGGGAUGUCUCAGUCCAGCUCGCAGACGGAGAUCGGCAGCCUUAACAGCAAGGGCAGCCUCGGCAAAGACACCCCCAGCCCGAUGGAAAUGGCUGCUUUAGAAAAAGUCAAAUCCGCUUGGAUUAAAAACCAAGACGACAGUUUGACGGAGACAGACACUCUGGAUGUCACGGAGCAGGACUUGUUCGGAGACGGGAGCACCAGCCUGGCGGUGCCCGAGAAAGUGAAGACGCCCAUGAAGUCCAGCCGGGCCGACCUGCAGGGCUCCGCGUCCCCCAGCAAAGUGGAGGGGGUGCACACGCCCCGGCAGAAGAGGAGCACCCCGCUGCGCGAGCGCCAGCUCUCCAAGCCCCUGAGCGAGCGCACCAACAGCUCCGACAGCGAGCGCUCCCCGGACCUGGGCCACACCGCGCAGAUCCCCCGGAAGGUCGUCUACGACCAGCUGAACCAGAUCCUGGUGUCGGAUGCGGCCCUCCCGGAAACGGUCAUCCUGGUCAACACCACUGACUGGCAGGGCCAGUACGUGGCCGAGCUGCUGCAGGCCCAGCGCAAGCCCGUGGUGUGCACCUGCUCCACCGUGGAGGUCCAGGCCGUGCUGGCCGCCCUGCUCACCCGGAUCCAGCGCUACUGCAACUGCAACUCGUCCAUGCCCCGGCCCGUGAAGGUGGCGGCGGUGGGCAGUCAGAGCUACCUGAGCGCCAUCCUCCGCUUCUUCGUCAAGUCCCUGGCCAGCAAGACCUCGGACUGGCUCAACUACAUGCGCUUCCUCAUCGUGCCCCUCGGCUCCCACCCCGUGGCCAAGUACUUGGGCUCCGUGGACAGUCGGUACAGCAGCACCUUCCUGGACUCGGGCUGGCGGGACCUGUUCAGCCGCUCGGAGCCUCCCGUGUCAGAGCAACUGGACGUGGUGGGCCGGGUGAUGCAAUACGUCAACGGGGCGGGUGUCACCCACCAGCUCCCCGUCGCUGAGGCCAUGCUCACGUGCAGGCAUAAGUUCCCCGACGAAGACUCCUACCAGAAGUUCAUCCCCUUCAUUGGCGUGGUGAAGGUGGGGCUGGUUGAGGACUCCCCCUCCACGACAGGUGACGGGGACGACGUGCCUGUGGUCAGCCUGACCGUGCCCUCCACAUCGCCACCGUCCAGCUCGGGUCUGAGCCGGGACGCCACGGCCACCCCUCCGUCCUCGCCGUCCAUGAGCAGCGCCCUCGCCGUGGUGGGGAGCCCCAACAGCCCCUACGGCGACGUGAUCGGCCUCCAGGUGGACUACUGGCUGGGCCACCCCGGGGAGCGGCGGCGGGAAGGCGACAAGAGGGACGCCAGCUCCAAGAACACCCUCAAGAGCGUCUUCCGCUCCGUGCAGGUCUCCCGGCUGCCGCAUGGCGGGGAGGCCCAGCUCUCGGGGACCAUGGCCAUGACCGUGGUCACCAAGGAGAAGAACAAGAAAGUGCCCACCAUCUUCCUGAGCAAGCGGCCCCGCGAGCGGGAGCUGGACUCGAAGAGCCAGGUCAUCGGGGGCAUCAGCCGCCUCAUCUGCUCGGCCAAGCAGCAGCAGACCAUGCUCCGAGUGUCCAUUGACGGGGUCGAGUGGAGCGACAUCAAGUUCUUCCAGCUGGCCGCCCAGUGGCCCACCCAUGUCAAGCACUUCCCCGUGGGACUGUUCAGUGGUGGCAAGGCCACCUGAGGCGCCCGGCCACUCCCUCCUGGCACUGCCAUCCGCCUCGGCAAGGGCAGGGGAGGCCAGGCCCGCCUCUCCCUCC